ACCCGGCGGCCUUUUUUGAAGCGGACCCGGAACCAACGUACUCUUGACGCUGGAGGGAGAUUUGAGAAGCGCAUGGAGGACGGCGUUUCUCUCAUUCGUGUAAUGUUGAAAUAAAUCAUUUCUAAUCACAAUGGAGUUAGAGAACGACAUAAAAACGACUUCGAGAGGUUUUCAGUGUGUCUUGUGUAAAGUCAACUUGCCAAACCAACCAAGUGUGGAUCAGCAUGUCAAAGGGCGGAAACACCAGACGUUGAGCAAUGUGCGAACCACCAGGAAAACCCAGGGGGAGCAAAGUGUGUUUGUCAGCGGCAUCAAACCUGAAAUCUCUCAGACAGACCUGGCCGAGUACUUCCAGCAGUUUGGAGCAGUCUCGGACGUCAUCCUGGACAAAGACAGGGGGGUGUUUGCCAUUGUUCAGUUCAGUGAGACGGAGAGUAUUCAGUCAACCUUGUCAUGUGUCGAGCACAGAAUGAAAGGCCUGAAACUGCGUGUUAAGCCCAGAGAGAAGAAGGACUUCAUGUACAUCCCCAAAAAGAAGACCGACUUGGAGAACCUCCAACAAGUUCUAGACCGCCUAAAACCCAAACUCUGUCAGCUUCCUUCUGUGAAUUCUCAGAUGCAGUUUGUUGUGGAACGCUUCCAGCUUGGAGAGAAUGAAAAGAAAGCCCGGGGCUUGCUGGUGCAACUUUUGCAGGAGGUCUUUGUGGAGUUUUUUCCAGACAGUCAAAUUCUUCCAUUCGGCUCAUCUGUCAACACUUUCGGUAUCCAUUCCUGCGACCUGGACCUGUUUCUAGACUUGGAGAACACCAAAGUCUUCCAGGCCCGAGCCAAGCAUACCUUAGAGAAGUCUUCCUCGCUUCAGGCAGCUGAGACCAUGUCAGAUGAUGGCUGCUCUGAGGACUCCAUCCUUUCUGAUAUCGACCUGUCCACAGCGUCUCCCGCCGAGGUAUUGGACCUGGUUGCAACCAUUCUGAGACGCUGCGUGCCCAGCGUGCACAAAGUCCAUGUGGUCAGUAGCGCUCGUCUCCCAGUGGUCAAGUUCCAUCACCGUGAGCUCAACCUGCAGGGAGACAUCACGGUCAACAACAGACUCGCUGUUAGGAACACCCGCUUCCUCCAGCUCUGUUCCGGUGCAGAAGACAGACUGAGGCCUCUAGUGUACACCAUUCGCUAUUGGGCCAAACAGAAACAACUUGCAGGUAACCCCAGCGGCCCUGGUCCACUGCUCAACAACUACGCUUUAACACUUCUCGUCAUCUUCUUCCUUCAAAACUGCGAGCCUCCUGUUCUCCUCACUGUGGACCAGCUCAAAGACUUGGCCUGUGAAGAAGAGGAAUGUGUGAUUGAGGGCUGGAAUUGCACCUUCCCCAGUCAACCCAUUGCUGUGCCACCUAGUGGAAACACACAAGAUCUAUGCACACUCCUGGCGGAUUUUUUCUCCUUCUAUGCCAAGUUUGAUUUUGCAAGCAGUGUCAUAUCUCUAAGGGAGGGGUGUGCACUCCCAAUUACAGACUUCCUCUGCCACCAGGAAAAAAUAGAGGAGGCCAAAGAUGAGCAGAAACCCAUCAAGCCCCAUCAAAGUGGACCAAGACUGGGACCACUUAACGUUUUGGACCCCUUUGAGCUUUCCCACAAUGUAGCAGGCAACCUGAACGAGCGCUCACAGAGAAGCUUCCAGAAGGAGUGCCAGGAGGCUGAGAAGUACUGCCGCAGCCUCCAGUACCUGCGCAAGUCCACAAAGGGAAAGUCGUGGGGGCUUGUGCGCUUGUUCACCCCCCACGGUGCCUCACAAGCCAAACCAGAGGAACUGACCAUCAGCAUUCCUUUCAAAUCGGCUGUGCUCCCAGAAGCCCUCCGCACUCAGCUGCACAAGGCGGGAGAUGGUUUCCGUCUGCUGUGGUUUGAGAAGGUGUGCGCCUCUGUAGAGCGAGUGUUUCAAAGCGCUCUGCGAUGUCACCUCGCUUCCUCCGUGGAUUGCGUCUUUGCAGAGGAUUCAGGAGCCGAAAUGGAGACCAGCACGACCUCCCUCAACACGUCAGUCAGUGACAGCCAGGACAGCGUUGAGUCCGCCGAGAACGCAGCCAAAACUGGCGCCAAGCGGCGACUGUCCUCUUGCAGCGAUGCUUCAGUUUCCCCUCAAGGCAAAAAGCCAAGAAUAUCUAAAAGGGGCAAACGUGAGCCCCCCCAUUGGCUGUGGGUGCAGAAACACGUGGUGUGGGCCGGCAGGAGGAAAGUGAGACGUGAACUCAUCAAGGAGACGGACUCGAGGCCCGAAGGCAGCUGUAUGGAGGUUGAGUCUCAGGUCACGUUGCACAUCAUCGAGAAAGAACCCGAGCUGCAGAACCCGCUGGAGUUCAAGGUUCAGCCCGAGAUGGUGGGAGAGACCGAAAGCACAAAAGCAGUGUUGAGGUUAGAGCCAUGUUGUGACAACGCUGGAGUUUUUCAGGACUUUUUCCAUUUCCUGGAAGCUUUCCUCCCAAAGAUGGUGGAGACACUGCUCGAGAAAGAAGAUGGUGGAGCCUAAAAUAGGCCACCAUUUAAAUUUGAAGAUGUUUUCUUUGUUUUGUGUCCAAUUGACUGUGUGACUAAUCCUUUCGAGCAAGUUGUGGAGGAGCACUAGGCUUUGUACUGACCAGUCAUCAUGGUCAGGAUAUUUUAGUUUGUUGUUGUAAGAUAGCCAACUCUUACUAAACUACUGUUAAAGAGGUAGCUUGAUUUUUCGUAAAUUCAUGUUUAAAAUAAUGCUCCUAAAUGAUGAUGCUUUAAUAGGCAAAAACAUGUGAUGCAGUCACCAAAUUAUUAUUA